AUGGUUAAAAUGGCAGUUGCUAGUAGUUUGAAUAGGGGUAAGUUUACAUUUUUCUCGCUUUUAUAGGCAACAGUUGAGCUUUUUUUAAUUUUUAGAUGUUCUUUAGGUAACGAUAAAUGUUUUUUAAUGUUUUAUUAGUUUCUUUAGGUAAUAAAUUCAUUUUUUAGAUUUUUUAAUUACAGUAUCCUUGUUUUUAUAACUUUAUAAGCAUCCUCAUGUUACAAUUUUGGUUUUUUUUGCAAUUUUAGUUAACAUUAUACCUGCUUUUAAAUUUUAUGAGCGUUUUUAGGUAUAUAUCCAAACUUUUUUAGUUGUAAUUAGCUAAUUUAUAAUAAGCAUCUUCUAAUUUAGCCCCAAAUUCAAAGCACUUCAACUUCGACAUCAAGAAGUUUGAGGAAUACGAGUAUGAAACUGCAGUUCGACUCAUGCUCAAAGUCAAAGCCAAAAAACUACUCAAGAAUUCAGAUGAAACCACCAGAAGACUGUAUGAAAUUUGCUCGCGAAAUGCCAAAAUCAUUCCUGACUUGGCCAAAUGUGUUGUCGACCUAAUGGACCAUAGAGAUCGGUUGUAUGAAGUUGAGUUUCAGAAUGAGGUUGGUUUUCAAAAUGAAGACAAUCCUAUCUUGAUGUUCAUCGACAGUUUGAGAAAUGGAAUGAGUAGGAAACAGGUUUAUAGGAAGGGGAAGUGGGGGUCUGAAAGUUGGGAAAAUGAUGUGAAUGGAAGGUACAAACGUGAGGUUAAAGAAGUUAGAAGAAUAGACGAGAAGGUGAAGGUAUUCAAGACUAGAAAACUGGGAAUAGUAGCCAAGAAGGUAAAGAUACUGAAGAGUAAAGAAAUUGGAAAAGAAGACCAGAAGAUGAAGGGAAUGAAAAAUAAAAAAGAUGACACUGAAGGCCAUGGUGAAGAUUUUGAUAAACUUCGAACAAUAAAAGACACUCAUGUUAUUUAUGAUGAAAAUUUUGUUGCUACAGAUUAUAAAUCUUCGACACAAACCCAUCAGCAACGUAGGAAACGUAGAAUAGAUACUUAUUCAUCGUCAAGAAGUAUUCAAAUUUUAAAAUCUAAAGUACUAUACUAUAAGGAACCAGAAAGACAGUACUAUAAAAAACCAAAAGUACUAGACUAUAAGGGACCAAAAGUCCCAUACUAUGAAGAUAACAUCAGAUCAAUGCUCAACAACAAAAAGGAUAAUAUCACCAUGACAUACAUAAAAGAACCAAAACAUAUAGAACCAAGUUCCGAAGGCAAAACGUCAAGUUUAAGCUACAAUAACCAAGCUUUACGCAAUCAGAAUCACACUCAACCAAAGUCAUCGACUUCAAAAUCCAUUUUGGAAAACUAUGACAAAUAUGUUCAACUGGCCAAGAAAAGAAGAAAAUUUUUAAAAUUGACUCAUCAACCUGAAAAGCCUCAGGUAAAUGUAAAUAAUGUAAAAUACGGUUCAAUAAAUGAUGAAGGUAAAAUGCCAGAAGUUUUUAAAAAGCUACAAAAGAUCAAAAGCUAUUAUCAAAAAGCAGAGUUUUGCAAGAACUUUAUGAACAAGAUCUCACAACAGUCUUCAAGGUAAGUUUAGUGUAGUCAACAGGGUUAGGCAGGCAUAUAUUUAAAAAUACUUUUUAAAUCUCACAAGGAAAGUACCCGACCUGCCCCGCUCUGAUUGACUUCAAACUUUUUAUAUAGAAAGAUCAUGUAAAUAUAAGGUCUUCAGCAAAGUACUAAAUCGCGCUUUCCAGCCAAUCUCGAAAAAAUCGCAAUCAAAAAUUACGUUUUGAAUUUUCCGCUAGCUUGGCUGGAAAGUAGAAAAAAGUGCUUGAAACACAAUGCCAAAUUGGCAAAUUUGGCAGGAAAGCCAAAUAAUUUAAAUUUAAAACUCAAAGCCCGGGCAAAAAUUUUUUAUAUGUACUAUUGUUGGUGCGAGUAACUUGUAUAACUUGUAUAAAUGAUUCUGAGCUUGGCAGGUAGGGUACUUCUGAUAAAAAAUUUAAAAUUUUUUUUAUUUUUAAUUUUUAAACCUUUCAUUUUUUUAGGUACUUUCAAAAACAUAACCAUACUACAAUAUACGAAAACGAGCCGUCAUCAAUGUUUACAGCUUUUGAAAAACUUACUCAUUUAUUCGAAAACAGUAACGCUUUCAACCGGCUGUCAAUCCUGUCGCCACGCUUAUUUGGUCUUUUUUCAAAAACCAAAAACUCUGAUCCACAAAUUUUGUCACCAGAGUUGUUCAGCUUUCACAAGAAUGGGUUUUUCUCUAUACCAUCUUUAUUCAAAGACUUGUCAUUGGAUCAAAAUGAAGUCUAUGAAUGGACCCAAUUUCUGAUGACAUUAACUGGCGCUGCCAAGAAAAUAGAUGACAUUUUGAAGAACAACAAAGAUAAAAUUGAAUUUGUUGAAAAUGUGGCGUAUCCUAGGAUUAAAGCCUUCGAAAAGACAAUGACUAAAUAUAAAAAUUUUGACAAAACAUAUUCAGAAGAGCAGAAAGAAGAGCUACAACAGCAUGGCUACACAUUUGUGUCAGAAGAUCAAGCUGAGAUUUUGUUUAAAGAUGAAUUACAUGGAAAUGGCAAGAGAAAGAACCUACAUAAAAAUAGAAGGCGGAAGCGAUACAUUAUGA